ACCAGGUACACAGUGGCCAAGGACAGUGUGGUCCAGUUCUUCUUCUACCAGCCGAUCAGUCAUCAGUGGAGACAAACCGACUUCUUUCCCUGCACUGUAACAUGUGGAGGAGGUUAUCAGCUCAACUCAGCUGAGUGUGUGGAUAUCCGCUUGAAGAGGGUGGUUCCUGACCAUUACUGCCAUUACUACCCCGAAAACGUGAAGCCAAAACCCAAACUGAAGGAGUGCAGCAUGGACCCUUGCCCAUCGAGCGACGGGUUUAAAGAGAUCAUGCCCUACGACCACUUCCAACCUCUCCCUCGCUGGGAACAUAAUCCUUGGACCGCGUGCUCGGUGUCUUGCGGAGGUGGGAUUCAGAGACGGAGCUUCGUGUGUGUGGAGGAGUCCAUGCACGGGGAGAUUCUGCAGGUGGAGGAGUGGAAGUGCAUGUAUGCGCCCAAACCCAAGGUCAUGCAGACCUGCAACCUGUUCGACUGCCCCAAGUGGAUCGCCAUGGAGUGGUCUCAGUGCACGGUGACUUGCGGCCGAGGGUUACGUUACCGCGUUGUUCUGUGUAUCAACCACCGUGGACAGCACGUUGGGGGCUGCAACCCGCAGCUGAAGUUACACAUCAAAGAAGAAUGUAUCAUUCCCAUCCCAUGUUAUAAACCAAAAGAAAAAAGUCCAGUGGAAGCUAAGUUACCUUGGCUGAAACAAGCACAAGAACUAGAAGAGACCAGAAUAGCAACAGAAGAACCAACGUUCAUUCCGGAGCCCUGGUCAGCCUGCAGCACCACAUGCGGGCCGGGCGUCCAGGUCCGAGAGGUGAAGUGUCGCGUGCUCCUCACGUUCACGCAGACGGAGACCGAGCUGCCUGAGGAAGAGUGUGAAGGCCCUGAGCUGCCCACCGAGCGGCCUUGCCUUCUCAAGCCAUGCAGCGAGGGCCCUGCCUCCCGCGAGCUGGACGUCUCUCUCCAGGAGGACAGCAGGAUGAUUUACCACUGGGAGUAUGCUGGGUUCACCCCUUGCACGGCCACAUGCCUGGGAGGCCAUCAAGAAGCCAUAGCAGUGUGCUUGCACACCCAGACCCAGCAGACAGUCAGUGAUACCUUGUGUGAUAUGGUCCACCGUCCUCCAGCAAUGAGCCAGUCUUGCAACACGGAGCCCUGCCCACCCAGGUGGCACACCGGCUCUUGGGGCCCCUGCUCAGCUACCUGUGGUGUGGGAAUCCAGACCCGAGAGGUAUACUGCCUGCACCCUGGGGAGUCCCCGGCCCCCACUGAGGAAUGUGGAGAUGAGAAGCCGCAUGCCCUACAAGCGUGCAAUCAGUUUGACUGCCCUCCUAGCUGGCACAUUGAAGAAUGGCAGCAGUGUUCCAGGACGUGUGGAGGGGGAACUCACAAUCGAAGAGUCACCUGUCGGCAGCUGUUAACUGAUGGCAGCUUUUUGAAUCUCUCUGAUGAAUUGUGCCAAGGACCCAAGGCAUCUUCCCAUAAGUCCUGUGCCAGGACAGACUGCCCUCCACAUGUCACUGUGGGAGACUGGUCAAAGUGUUCCGUCAGUUGCGGUGUUGGAACCCAGCGAAGAAAGCAGGUGUGUCAGAGGCUGACGGCCAAAGGCCAGCGUGUUCCCCUCAGUGAGAUGAUGUGCCGAGACCUUCCAGGGCCGCCUCUUGUAAGAUCUUGCCAGAUGCCCGCGUGCGAUAAAAUCAAACCAGAGCCAAAGACAAAACCUGGGGAGCAGGGGCCCCAGAUCCUCGGUGUUCAGAGGGUCUACAUUCAGACAAGGGAAGAGAAGCGCAUUAACCUGACGGUGGGUAGCAGAGCCUAUUUGCUGCCCAACACAUCGGUGAUUAUCAAAUGCCCAGUACGACGAUUCCAGAAAUCCCUGAUCCAGUGGGAGAAGGAUGGCCAUUGUCUGCAGAACUCCAAACGGCUUGGCAUCACCAAGUCGGGCUCCCUAAAAAUCCACAGCCUUGCGGCCCCGGAUAUCGGCACGUACCGCUGCGUGGCCGGCUCUGCGCAGGAAACCGCAGUACUCAAGCUCAUCGGCACAGACAACCGGCUCAUUGCGCCCCCAGUGCUCGGGGAGCACGUGCGGGAGUAUCCGGGGAUGGACCCCAAGGAAGCCAAUAGCUUGGGAGCCACGUGGCAGAAAAUGAGGCAGCUAUGGGGUAACAAAAAUGAGCUUUAUCCGGAGGACGGCCAAAUUGCUGAGCAGCCUUUCUUGAGGGCUCUGUUGGGCCCAUGCAGGAAUUCUGCAGGCAGCACCAACUCCUGGGAGUUGAAGAACAAGCAGUUUGAAGCAGCAGUUAAACACGGAGCAUAUAGCAUGGAUAUGGCCCAGUUUGAUGAGCUGAUCAGAAACAUGAGUCAGCUCAUGGAAACUGGAGAGGUCAGUGAUGACCUCGCGUCCCAGGUGAUCUAUCAGCUGGUGGCCGAGUUAGCCAAGGUGCGGCCAGCCCGCGAGCCGUGGAGGGGCGUCCAGGAAGGGGUGCCUCCCACCGCACAGCUGAGGGGGGGAACGAGAAGGGUGCCUCAAGUCUCGGGUAUGGAGAACUCAGGCAAGCUGACCUUCAAGCCGAAGGGACCUGUUCUCAUGAGGCAAAGCCAGCCCACCUCGAUUUCAUUUAAUAAAACAAUAAAUUCAAGGAUUGGAAAUACAGUGUACAUUACAGAAAGGACAGAGGUCAUCAACAUACUGUGUGAGCUCGUUACCCCCAGUCAGGCCACGUAUACAUGGACCAAGGAUGGGGCCUUGUUGCAACCCUCAGAAAAGAUAAUCUUGGCUGGAAUGGGAAAAAUGCAAAUACGGAACCCUACAAAGAAGGAACAAGGAACGUAUGGAUGCUCUGUAGCUAACCACCUCGGUUCAGACGUGGAGAGUUCUUCUGUGCUCUACGCAGAGGCGCCUGCCAUCUUGUCUAUCGAAAGAAAUAUCAGCAGACUGGAACACAGCCAUCUGUCGGUCGUGGUUGGAGGCGUCGUGGAGGCAGCCCUGCAAGCCGAUGUAACAAUCCGAUGUCCUGUAAAAGGUGUCCCUCAGCCUAAUAUAACUUGGUUGAAGAGAGGAGGAUCUCUGAGUGACAAUGUUUCCUUGCUUUUCAAUGGAUCCCUGUUGUUGCAGAAUGUUUCCCUUGAACAUGAAGGAACCUAUGUCUGCACAGCUUCCAAUGCUCUUGGAAAGGCAGUGGCAACGUCUGUACUGCACCUGCUGGAACAAAGACGUUUGGACAGUAAAAGCGUAUUUCCCAAGGACUAUAAAAAUCAUAUGCUCCAGGCAUCCAACGCUGGAACCAACAGCAAUGACCCGACAGGAGAACCCCGACCUCCAGAGCCUUUUUGGGAGCUCGGUAACUGGACGCAUUGUUCUGCCACCUGCGGCCACUUGGGAGCCCGAGUCCAGAGACCCCGGUGUGUGAUGGCCAAUGGGCAGGAAGUGAGUGAGGCCCUUUGCCAAAACCUCCCGAAGCCGCUGGCUGGGUUUCAGCCCUGUAACAUCCGGGACUGCCCCUCAAGGUGGUUCACGAGCGCGUGGUCUGAGUGCUCUGUGUCUUGCGGUGAAGGGUUCCACAGUCGGCAAGUGACCUGCAAACGCGCCAAAGCCAACGGCACCAUGCAGGUGAUGUCUCCAAGAGCGUGUGCUCCCAGAGAGAGGCCUCCGGGAAGAAGGCCGUGUUCCAGUCAUCCUUGUGGCCAGUGGGUCGUUGAGCCAGGGGGCCAGUGUCCGGCUCGUUGCCUGGGUCGCACUGGGAGGAUGCAGCUGCAGCAUGCAGUUUGCCAACAUCACAACAGCUCUGACCCCCGCUGCGAUGACAGAAGGAGACCCGCCUUGAGGAGGAACUGCUCGUCGGGGGCUUGUGACACGUGUUGGCGCACAGGCCCCUGGAGGCCCUGCACGGCAGCCUGCGGCCGGGGCUUCCAGUCUCGGAAGGUCGACUGUGUCCGCACGAGGAGCUGCAGACCCGUGGUGGAGAGACACUGUGUGCAGAAAAAGAAACCAGCUUCCUGGCGGCACUGCCUUGGGCCUUCCUGUGAUAGUACGUACCCCUCGCAGAUCUCUACAAACAGAGGUGCUGCCAGUCUUGUCAAGAAGGGUAAGCCUGUGGCCGGGGGUCGUAACGCUGCUGUGAAGACAGAGCCGAAACGUAUAGAAGCUCUCUUCCCCCAUGUGGCUGGUUCAGAAACGUGUGAUUUCUCUUAG